AUGUUCAGGACCAAACGCUCUGUUCUCGUCCGUCGGCUCUGGCGGAGCCGUGCGCCUGGAGGAGAGGAGAAGGAGGCGGCGGCGGCGCGCCAGCCUGGCGCAGCCGUGGCCGAGGCCCGGGAGCCUGCCUUCAGCGGGGGGCAUGGGUGCUGCACGGGCAAGGCGGGCCGCGGCGGGCGGGCAACGGCGGGUACAGAGGCGGAACUGAAGGCGCUGACCCAUGCCGUGUUGAAACGGCUGAAGGAGCGCCAGCUGGAGGGGUUGUUGCACGCCGUGGAGUCCCGCGGCGGGGCGCAGACCCCCUGCCUGCUGCUGCCCGCCAACGCCCACUCCCGGCUGGGCCAGCACUGGUACCCGCUGCCGGUGCUGUUCUGCAAGGUGUUCCGCUGGCCCGACCUCCGCUACUGCUCCGAAGUGAAGCGGUUAUGUUGCUGUGAAUCCUACGGCAAGGCUCACCCCGAGCUCGUCUGCUGCAACCCGCACCACCUCAGCCGGCUCUGCGAGCUAGAGUCUCCCCCUCCACCUUACUCCAGAUAUCCAAUGGAUUUUCUCAAACCAACUGAUUGUCCAGACUCUGUGCCUUCCUCCACGGAAACAGGGGGAACUAAUUGUCUAGCCCCUGGGGGGCUUUCAGUUUCCCAAGUUCUUCAGGAGCCAGGGGAUUGGUCACACUGGUGUGUAGUGGCAUACUGGGAAGAGAAGACACGUGUGGGUCAUCUGUAUUCUGUUCAAGAACCCUCCCUGGAUAUCUUUUAUGAUCUACCUCAGGGGAAUGGUUUCUGCCUCGGACAGCUCAACUCAGACAACAAAAGCCAACUGGUGCGGAAGGUCCGGAGCAAGAUUGGCUAUGGCAUCCAGCUCACCAAGGAAGUAGAUGGCGUGUGGGUGUACAACCGCAGCAGUUACCCCAUCUUCAUCAAGUCGACCACACUGGACAACCCCAACUUCAGGAUGUUAUUGGCUCACAAAGUGCUUCCAGGUUUUUCCAUCAAGGCUUUUGACUACGAGAAGGCGUACAGCUUACAGAGACCCAACAACCAUGAGUUCAUGCAACAACCAUGGACUGGAUUUACUGUUCAGAUCAGUUUUGUGAAAGGCUGGGGCCAUUGCUACACUAGACAGUUCAUCAGCAGUUGUCCGUGCUGGUUGGAGGUUAUUUUUAAUUACUGA